CCCACGGCGUCUUAUCUACUGGGAACUAGCAGCUACCCUAGUCUAUCCUAUACGAUAAUCCGUAUAAACAGUGCGGGAAGUUGCCGCCAGUGUUUGUGUUCCCUCGGAUACAGAGCUUGCUGGGGGAGAGAAGGCGCAAGCUGGUCGCUUCCUAUUUUAAAGUGUUGCCAUGGAUACAGAGCAAAGCAUGGAGGGACAAACACAGGUUUCCGAAAACCCUCAUUCUGAAUAUGGGCUCACAGAGAAUGUUGAGCGAAUAGUCGAAAAUGAGAAGACCAAUACUGAAAAAAUAUCCAAACAGAAGGUUGAUCUGCAGGGCUUGCCUACAAGAGCGUAUCUUGACCAAGCAGUAGUUCCUAUACUUUUACAAGGCCUUUCAGUGCUUGCAAAGGAAAGGCCACCAAACCCCAUAGAAUUCCUUGCAGCGUAUCUCUUAAAGAACAAGACACAGUUUGAGGAACGAAGCUAGAGUGCAUACAUCUCCCUGCUCCAUUUUACAUAAAUAUUGAUUACUAAAAGACUUUAUUGAACAGAUUGCAUUUUGUCCACAGUAUAAUACAACUCAAAUGUAUCAGUUCAUCUUCCCAGCAAAGGUGGACAUUUAGACACAGACACUGUGGUAAACAAGACAACAAAGGGAAGAGGCCUAUUUCUUGCAAAUAAUUUGAAUUUAUUGUUUUUGACCAGAUUUUUUUUUUUUUUUAAAUAAAAAUGUGACUGCUAA